UAACUAGCUGGUCCUGAGACCGACUUUCCCACAGACGCUCACAGGUGCGCAGGCUGUCAACUCACCUUUGGACUUCCAGGUAAAGAAGACGAGCCUCACCUUAAGUGCUGCAUUUUCUUCCCAUUCAGCUACUCAACAGGUCAGAAAGCAUGUUGGCCCUGCAGAAGCUUUCUAUCACAGCGGCCCUUUGUUGGCUUCUGCUGGCCACGCUGCUGCCCAGCUCUGAGGCCCGCCGUGGCCGCGGAGGAGGUGGCUUUGGCCGCGGCGGAGGUGGUGGCAUGUUUGGCCGCGGAGGAGGAGGAGGAGGAGGUGGUGGUGGCGGCUACAGCCGUGGAUGGGGAGGCCAGGCCUACAGGCCUGCACCGGUUCAGAGCAGUGGCCCCAGUGCAGGGAAAGUAGCCGGGGCGGCUGCUGCAGGGGCCGUAGGGGGAGCAAUGCUCGGCUCUGCACUCAGUCGCCCCGGCUACGGGGGGGGAUAUGGAGGAUACGGCGGUUAUGGGGGAUACGGAGGAGGGUAUGGAGGAGGGUACGGAGGAGGAUAUGGAGGAGGGUAUGGCCCAGGAUAUGGCCCCCCACGGCACGGCGGAGGCUAUGGCUCAAGGCCUGGCUAUGAGGCCGAGGGCUCUGGAGACAUGGAGUUCUACACGGCAGCGUCCAGCGGCCCUAUCUACAACAGUAUCGUCGUCGUCAUCGGCUCCUUAAUGUCCCUGCUCAUGGGCCACUUGGUGGUCGUCAUGUAGAGCUGGGGAUGGGGAUGAGAUCCCAAAUACAGACUCAAAGCCAACCCUAUAUACUGAAGUUACCCAGAACCCAACAGUAAAGAGACUUUAAUGGUAUCAUAGAACAUGACUUGAAGAUUUUUCUGAAAUGAUAGUGACCCCCGACGAGGUCUGUCAAUGUUGAAUUAUCCUUCGGUCUUCUGAUGUCAAUGACUACCUGCAGUAUUUCUCCAUGAAUAUGGCCAUUGUUUUGUACUGAUUGUCAUUAAUCUGGGACGCACUUUAUUAAUGAGCCAAAUGUGACGAUAGAUCUGAGGUGUAAUCAGGUCUACCUCAAGUAAACGGGUUAGAAUUGAUAAACAUGUUAUAAAUUCCCAGUAUAUCAUAUAGAUGAUUUAUGUUGACAUCAUAUUCUCUCAUGACUUCUAAGCAUAUAUUUUGAUAAGCUUAUUUUCAAGGUGUUUUUUUUCUUGAAGAUAUACAUUUAGAAGUUCAGUAGUUCUGCAUUAUUGGGUUGUAUGAAGUCUAACAAAUACACAUGACAUAUUUUGUCAUUUUAUAGGUUUUUAUGUUUAAAAAAAGACAUGC